UAGUGCAGGGCUGCUCACUGGGCUCUGUCAGUUCUCAAGCUGAGCUGGGGCUUGGAUAUUAUAUUAUACGCUGCUCAGCAGUGUGUUCUUACUCUGCUGAGCAGAAACUUUCCACAGCUAAGUGGGGAAAGGGUGGGGAAGAACGACUGUCCUGAGGACACCCUUCACUUGCAGGAUAUGGAGGGCAGACCAGCAGAGACCAAGCCAGAGGUGGAGAAGUCAGCAUCCUUAUCUGUGGCUCAGCUGGCAGGAAAGUUCAAGGAGCAAGCAGCCACCAUUUCUGGAAAGGAGGUACCAGCCAAUAAACCAACCCGGAGGAAACCACCAUGCUCCCUUCCCCUACAUACCCAAAAAGUGGAGCUGGGCCACAAUGGGGAGCCGAAGCCAUCUCCAAAUGCUUGUCUCCUUCCCAGGGUCAAGGUGAAAAGCUCUCCCCUGAUUGAAAAACUGCAGGCCAAUCUGGCAUUUGCUCCAGCUGCCCUGGUGCCAGGAACAUCUCCAAAAAGCCCAGGUCUGAAAGUCAUACCAUCUCCCUUUAGCACUCCCCCUUCAACUCCCAGCAGCCCCGGCAUCCAGUCCCGUUCCAGUGAAUCAGAUGAGACACCAGUCAGUUUUGAUCAACCACCAGAGGGCACUCACCUGAAGUUUUAUAACAAGGUGCGGACACGGGGAUCACUGAAGCGCAGACCCCCCUCCAGGAAAUUCCGAAAGUCUCAGUCCGACUCCGGAGAUGGUGAAGAUUUAAAGGUGACUGGAUCAUCUCAAGAAAAUGGGGCCAAGGAAGAGGAUGGUGAUGAGGUAUUCAUGCCUAAGAGUCAGAAAGAGGAGUUGCAGUCACCUGUGUGUGGAACAGGCCCUAAACUGAUCCAGAAACAGAUAGGAUCCAAUGAAAAGCCACCCUCAGGGAGAAGGUCCAGCAGGACAGAAAACAAAGAGGAGAGAGAAAAAGAAACAGAGGCAGUGAAACCUUGCAAGAGCUACACAGGAGGUAAAGAGAAGCCGUGCAAGAGCACUCCAGGGGAGGAAGAGAGGAAGUCAUCCCAGAGCACCCCAGAGGAGAAGCCAUGCCCAAGCACCAUGGGAGAUAAAGAUAAGAAGCUGUGCCAGAACACCCCAGGGGAUAAGGAAGGGAGCACCCUGGGGGAAAGGGAGGAUGGCAAUGCCUCUGAACAGGAAAAAAGGAACAAAGAAAAUGAAGAGGUGAAGAAGGAAGAAAACAGUGAGGGCAAAGACACACAGGAAACAUCAGACACCCAGGAAAAGUCCCUGGAGACGGGGAUGCCGCAGCUGGCAGCAGACACAGGAACUGCUAGUGAGCAUCAUAGUGUGAUGCCGAUGCAAGAACCUGGCACAGAGAUGAACCCAAUCAGGACACAGGAGACUUUAAUGUGAAGAGAAGCCAAACUGUCCAAUUAAAGUGCAGCUACUGGAGGACUCUCGCUUGCAACAGAUCAGCAGAAUAUUAAUAACAUCAGAGAUGUUCACUGCUCUUACCCAUAACAUUCUGUAGAAGUGGGAAAGAGAGACUGGAAUUAAGACAUCUUUUUUUUGCAGCAGGGUUCAGAAUGGAUGUACUGGCUGACUCUUCUUGGGGUAUAUUGAGCAACUUCAUGGCCAUGUCUGGAGAUCUGCUGCACAAUAGCUUGGGUAUGACAAACACCACCGUUUCUGGGCCCAGUGUUCACCAUUACAGCAAAGUUCCAAAUUUUGUUUGCUCCCCCAUGUUGGACUUUGAUGCAGUUCAUCAGUUUUGGACAUAUAUAAGUUGUGCCUUUUUAAAUAGCUUCCUUUGAAAUAUUUUCAGUUUUCAAACGCAAGUAAAUGAAGUUUUUAGAAGUAGGGGAAAAUGAUUUUCUCUCUCUAUAUAUACAUAUGUGCUUUAUGGCAGACAAUGUGAAUCCUAAAUCUGGAGAAGAUCAUUUUUAAAUGGUUUAUACGGCAUCUUUGAUGAAUAUCUACUUGGACUAGAGUUGGGCUGGCAAAUAUGUAUUUGAAACACCUAACAGCUAAAGAUUAUUUUUCUGUAGGAUUUUUUUGUGUUUUUUUUUCCAUGAUGGUGAGAAGUAGCAACUGAAGUACCAUAUCCACAGAACACUUACAGCAUCUGAAGUAAUAGUGCAAGCUUUCCUCACACUACUCCAUCACUGUAUUCAACUGUUACUUGGAAGGAUCAAGCGUAAGUCAGUUGUCAUGACGUCUUUGGACUCUACUGAGACUACCAACAAGUGGCCAGUUAGAACCACUUUUAAUUUUUUGUGAUAUAGACACUUGUUUACUGCAAACUGGACUGAAAUAACCUAUUCAUUUCAUGUAAGCCAGUGAACAGCCUGUGUAUGAUCGAGUUUCACUUACUAUGGCAGUGGUGGGCAACCUGUGGUCCACAGGUCACACCCGGCCCAUUAGGAUAAUCCGCUGGUGGGCCGCCAGACUGUUUGUUUACAUUUGCACAGCCACCCACAGCUCCCAGUGGACAUGGCUCACCUAUGGCCUAGGCUGAAUUUGAACUGAUGAACAAUCAUCCAAUAAAAAAUUUAUUUUAAAGA